AUGAAGAGGAAGAGGGAGGCGCCGGUGGUGCCUAGCCUCUAUCGCUCGCCGCGAGCCCGUGGUAGAGUGCUGCAACAUGCUAGCUCGGAAGUUGCCACAGUUGAAGGCAGCGUGACCAACCAAUUUGAUGCUCUUCCCUCCGACGUGGAGCUGGGGCUUCAGGUGCUGCGUACGCAGUUCCCUGAAUUCAGGAAGAGCAAGGUCUCCGUCCCUGUCAUCCUCAUGAACCAGCUCUACGCCAUCGUCAGCGAUCGCACCCAGGUCGACCGAGAACUGGAUCAACUGAAACGGAAAGGGGAGAUACGAAGCUUCAAGGUCCACCUCAAGACCAACGAGUUCGCGGUUCUGUUCGUUGAGGACUAUCGCGCCCAGAUCGCCGCAGAGCGACGGCAGCUUGUGGCCAACCAGAAGGAGGACUCGCCAAUCUUUGAUACAUUUGUAAAUACCGUUCUUCCAGCCACGCAGUCCGACGAAUACAUACCCAAGGAGCGUCUCGUCGAACUCCUUUUUGCAGGCCAGCCAGCUGAUGAAGAGCAGAUCAUGGUGCUUGUCAACGCCGGCGUGCUCAUUCGAGACAUGCGAGUCGAGGUCGAGGGAGAGGGCUUCUGGUUCUCAGUGCCCAACAUCGGUGCCUUCAUGAAGUGCUGCGUCAAGGGGCGACAAGAGGUCAUCGCCAUCCUCAAGCGCCAGAAGCACAAAGAGCUUCUACAAGAGGAUUUGGAGAAGAAGAGACUGCGCUACUCCUCCCUCGGGCCACUGUUUCAUAUUCGAGAUCUGGUGGGGCAGGGGGUGCUGGAAAGGUGCUUACAGUCCCCUCCCGCGUAUUCACUUCACCUCGGUACGUACUUAACACGCACACGCGCGACCACACACGCACACAACAGCGUUUCUACCACUGCAGGCCCGUUGGUGCGUCUCAUCAAGUGA